GCCAAUCAUGGCUCCAAUAUCUAUGACCUUGUAUAUUUACGUGGGGAAACGAUCAAAAAAGAAGGCUUUGAACAAGUCAUUCAACUCAUAGCAGGCGUACAGUCGAACAUCCCCGCAAUGAAAAAGGAUAAAAAUGGAAUCGUUGGUCGUCCCAAUCAUUUAAAGGAAGACAACCCAUACAAAAGCACGUACAUGAAUGGGGGCGAAAGUCGUAGAUCCCGCUCGCUAUCUUCCAUCAGUGCCGAAUCGGCUGCCUCUGAUACUGAAACAAACAGUAGAUGGAAGAGACCGGUGAGAACACCUUCGCAAACAUCAAUUACCUCGGUCGACAGCGAUUUCGAUGUAGCCAUUUCACAGCUUGGUUCCAAAAAACCGGUUCGAAAACUAGUGAUAGAGCUGGCAAAUUCAUUUACACCGACAGUGAAGAAGAAGCGGGACCUCGCAGUGACCCAAGCUCUUCCGUUGUGCGGACCAAAGCCGCUGUCAAGGCGUUUUCUCCUGUCACGGCUGGCAGUCGCGGUCGGGGUAAAAAAGCCAGUGAGCCCAAAUCUGCUACGAAAUCCACCACCGAUUUGAUCGUGCCUCAGCGACAGGCUGCAAAGAAGGCCACCGAAAGUUUACAUAGCGCUAAUGCCAAUGUCUCAGCCAAGGAGAAAAAGGAAGAGAAGGAAACUAAAGGCGUGGGCAAAGAAAACGUUGUUCUCUCCUAACAGCUCAAGAGUGAACUUAAGAGU